CAAUAGUAUAGUCCUCGUCUAGUCAUUAAGACUCUGAGAGCAUCCCCUAGAAGCUGGUUCUGGAUCCACUAAAUGAUUCCGUUUGGCAGUUUGACCAGUUUCCAUCCACAUUAGGAUCUAGGAGAAUCCUAUAAAAACUUAAAACACGAAAAAAAAAACGUGUGCGCCAUUAAAUAACAGUAAAUCUACAAUUGGGGCAAGUACAGAAGAGCACAAAGAGAAAAGCAUAAUCUCAGGCUAUUUCUGCUUUUUACAUCUGAGCUCAGAGAGCUAGGAAGUGCUGUGGAACGAGGAAAACAUAAUCACCAAGCAAUAUGAAAGGAGACACUCCUGUGAACAGCACAAUGACCAUUGGACAGGCCCGUAAGCUUGUUGAACAACUAAAGAUUGAAGCAAGCAUGUGUAGAAUAAAGGUCUCAAAAGCUGCGGCUGAUCUGAUGGCCUAUUGCGAUGCACAUGCCUGUGAGGAUCCACUUAUCACCCCUGUACCUACUUCUGAAAAUCCUUUUAGAGAGAAGAAAUUCUUCUGUGCCCUCCUAUGAAUUUACAAAAGAAUGACAAAUCAAUAGAUGACAGCUCGCUUACAACUCACAAACUCAAUCUCAAGUGGUGCUGUCUGGGAGCAUAAUUAGGUUGAUUUUGUUUAAUUCUCACAGUCCCACCCACACCUCACCACCAUCAUAAGAGUAUGAUGGGAAACUUUUAUAUUUCAGUUUUGUGCUUCAAUUUUUCAUGCAGGAAAAUAACUAUAACAACUACAAAAUUAUAUUCUAUAAAACACACAUUUAUUAGCACAAAGAAACUUCAGAACACAAGUACACACCAUAUUCUCAAUGACCUUUUGCAAGAACCUCUAUAUGUAAAUCCUUGUAAACAAGGAAGUCAUUAUUUUCAAAUGCUUCUUAAUAUGAAGGGUUGUCCAUUUGAAUCAGCAUUGUUUAAUUACAAUCAAAUGUAAUAUGUCUGCUAAGUGGUUUGUGUAUGUUAGUACAAACCUUAUAGACAAGCAAAAAAAAAAAAAAAAAUCUCCCUAUUAAAACAAAUUUCAAGAGAACAGAAUAUUGAAUUGCAAAUGGUGUUUAAGUAUUGUAUCCUUUUUGUUGACUUAAGUCAAAAUACAGUAUAUUUAACUGUAAUGAUAUAUAUUUUUUACUAACUGGUAAGUGGUAUUUGCAUUCUUUUGGUUUCUUAUUGGUUCCUUUAGGCAUCCUGUAUAAAUCAAACGGCCCUAGACAUAAUUGCAGUAUCUUAUGGUUCUAACACAAUAGUUAUUUAAACCUGGUUCUGGUUAAUUCACAAAUAAUACUUAAGAUAAGUCCCAAUAUGCUUUAAUUGAGAAGUAAGCCUCCCAUACAAAAGUAUAAGCAUUUCUUUUUAAGUAUAGAUUGAAAAAUUCAUUGCCCCCAUGUUUAUCUACAGUAUAUGUAAAUACAAAUUUUACAUUUUGUAUUUCUGAAAGUCUUCAAUAUACAAUUGCAAAACAGUAACUAAAAAUAUGAAAGAUUUGUCAGGUGAAAUCCUAAAAAAUACUUUCUUCACAUUUAAAGAAAUACAACUAUGAUGUGUGCUUUAAUGAAAAGUAGCCAAAUAAUUAACUACAUAAUAAAAAACUGUUAUAAAAAAUUGUAACUGCUACAAGGCAAUGAAUAUGAUAAACUUUAUGUUUUGUAUGCUGUGACUGUUCAAAAACCUGUUCUUUGAACAAAGAGUGGUCUUUCUGUCAGUGGAAUGUAUAGGUACACCCAAGGGUCUACAUCAGAUGGAAAGAAACAAAUUUAUACUUCUGUCUACUUAGUCUGGUAGGAACUUAAAGUAAUUCCACGUUUAAAAGACAACUUAAUUUCAAUCGAAUUUAUAAAUUAUAAGGGAUGCACCUAAACAUUCCUUAAGAAAUUUUUUUGUAUAAAUUUAUAUUAUGCAUGUAGUAUCCAGUCCUGUUAAAAAUAAACAAAAUAAUCUUUUGCUUAUAAGAAAUAUUUUGGACUUCAAUGAUUAGGAUAUGGGCAGCACGACAUACUAAUUAAAACUCAGCUAUGUACAAUAAACCCCAAUAAUCUUAAAAAAUAUUUAUCAUAAACAGUAUUUUCUUCUCUGCAGGAAAUUAAAUAUGAUACAGUAUACCUUACUUCACAAGCUUUAGUGAUCAUGGGAUCACUUGUUGGGUGUUGUUUUAUGCAUUGUGGACAAAAAUAUUGCUAAUGGCAUGGAUGAGGGAAAGUGGCAAAAAAAAAGAUGUUAUUUAACUAUUUCCUACACUUGUUUGACUUGUUCUACUUUGCCAAACAUUUUUGUUAUUUUAAGUUAUGUUGUUAAUAAAAUAAGUUCCUGUGUUAUGUGUUAAGAGUAUUCAGAAAAUAGAAAUAAAUAAUAAAGUUCUUCUGUUCAAAGAACAUCUACUGCUGACAAGAUCAAACUAAAUUUGAGCCUUCUAACAACUUGCUUGUCACUGACCUAGACAAGGACAGGAUUACCAUUCUUCUUUGUUAGCCUUUACUUUUAUUUACAAUGUUACAACAGAAGAUACAAUACAUUUUACCAUUAUUGUCAAAAUAAAGUAUUAUACGCAGAACUAUAUGACCAUCUAAAAGUAAAAAACAGGGUCACCUAAACCUUUGAAAAACAUUCAGAAUCAGAAAAAAAGGCUUAACAGACUAAUCUUUCUGAAUACCACCACAUUACAAUUUCAUCUGUGGUUUAUGGCUGAAGUAAGAAAGUCCCCACUGAAUAAUAAAAGUAUUAUUGUAACAGUAUAUUGUAAUAGUAUGACUGCCAUAAAAACUGGAACAUGUUAAGCCUUCAAUAAAGAAAGACUGUUGACACUG